UCCCCUGGCGCUGAGGGGGGUCCCCCCCUUGAGGGGGCCCCUGCAAGAGUGGGGGGUCCCCUCGGGGGCGGCGGGGUCCCCCCCGGAGGGCGCGGGGCGGCCCGGCAGCGGCGGCAACGGCGGCUGUUUCCCCGGUUCUCGGCUCCCCGGGCGGAGUGAGGGGCGGGCAGGUGGGCGAUGAAUGGUUUCAGCACCGAGGAGGACAGCCGGGAUGGGCCUCCCGCCGCCCCCUUCUACGGCCAGAGCUGCUGCCUCAUCGACGAUGGGGACCGCUGCGUGCGCCCCGCCGGGAACGCGUCCUUCAGCAAGCGGAUCCAGAAGAGCAUCUCGCAGAAGAAGCUGAAGCUGGACAUCGACAAAAGUGUGAGACAUCUGUAUAUUUGCGAUUUUCACAAGAACUUCAUUCAAAGUGUCCGAAACAAAAGAAAGAGGAAGACAAGCGAUGACGGAGGUGACUCUCCUGAGCAUGAAACAGAUGUGCCAGAGGUUGACUUGUUCCAGCUCCAAGUGAACACUUUGCGACGUUACAAGAGACAUUAUAAGUUGCAGACUAGGCCUGGACUCAACAAGGCUCAGCUAGCAGAAACUGUCAGUCGUCACUUCAGGAAUAUUCCCGUGAACGAGAAAGAGACGCUGGCAUAUUUCAUCUAUAUGGUGAAGAACAACAAGAGCAGGCUGGACCAGAAAUCAGAAGGUAGCAAGCAACUAGAAUGAAGAUUAACAAGACUUGGAAUAAGAGAGACCUUGAAGGAACAGAUGGUAUUGUGCAUUUUAGGUUUAUAAAAACUGUUGAAGUAUAUUGUAAAUUUUUUUUUUAAAUGCAGUAAGUCUGGAUAACAGAAAAAAAAUAUAGACAUUCUUAUCAGGAGUAUUUGCAAACAUGUGCCCAGCAUGUUUCUGAAGACUUCUUCCCCUCAUUUCAAAGUCACAUUGGAAUAAACAAAUGAGGAUAAUGAGGAAACCAAGUAAACCUGUAGGACUGUGGAGUUUGUCAUCUUGGUAUUUUAAACUAUUUUUGGAAAUCUGCAUCUCAGUGCAAUUCAGAUCACAGAUGGAAUUUUUUCACUGAAUUCAGACCACAUCCCAAACCACCGUGCAGUUUGCCUUGGCACAGGACUGGAGCAGCCUCAGAGAUAAAAUGCGUUGUUGAGGUGCGUGAGCCAGAAGUUUGCUCUGUCUUGCCUUGAGUCAGUGUUUCAAGUCCCAAACUUCUACAAAUGUUCCAGCUCACCAAAUCUACUCCAGUGAACACGACUUGAACAGUCUGAAAUCAAUUCAUUUUUUUUCAACCAUUUUCAUCCCACCCCUUGCAACAUGGAUGCCAAACAACUCUCUGCAAUCUCUUUUCCUAAUUUCUUUUAUUUAAGAACUCACUAAUUAAUUGUCUGUAAGAAUCUUAAAACUUCUGCAUUUCCUCAGAAUGUGGUAUUAAGGCAAAUACAGCUUAUUGGCUGGGUUUGAUCAUGUUGGCUCAUUUAAUUCACUUAUGCUUAUUUGCCUUGUAUUCAAGGCUCGGUGAUGGCAGGUGAAUCAGUGGCUUAAGACAUCUGUCUCUUAAUCUCUGUGUCAGAUCAGGUAUCAAUCGCAAGUGGUGUGAAUUUUAUACUGAAGCUUGUCUUUAGCAAAACUGCUGUGUGGAUUAGCGGGCUCGCAGUUUCCAUUUAGUAUAAAGCAGAUUUAUGCUGCCAUAACUGAGGUAGUGAACUGACUGAAGUAGGAUGUGCUUCAUCUGUCUCUCCAAUGGCAAAACGGUAUCAAAGCACUUGCCUUUUUUGAGCGUUACGUGUGCUUUUGUAAGAGCUGUGUGAGGGGAGGGCGGCAUGCUGGUCCUCUUUAACUGGCAGCUGCCUGAGGAGAUCGCUCUGAUUUUGGUGUUUAAAGCCAAGGUGUCCUUACAAAUAACUCAGUGGUUAAUUUGGCAAAAGGAGCUUACAAAAGUGUUGGUCGUGACUGACUGUUAUCCAGUGACCUCAAAUUCUAUUGAAGGGGAUGUCAUGAUUUAAAGCACCACCCCUGUUUCUUUGCUGUCCUGACCAAUGUCUCUGUUCUGUUACAAGAUGCCAAGACUCCACAUAGAGAGUAUAUUCUCAACAAGCCUUAAGCAACGAACUGAGCGGUAGAAUACUUCGGCUAGCAUUUUGUCAGUGGCAGGUUUUAAUAUUCCAAAACUGGAUGAAGCUUUGUUGAAGAGCUAAGCACGCAGAUCACGACCCCAUCUUAGCGCUACGUCGUGUUUUGUAAGGCAUGAAGGGUUCACGUAGUGAAGCUCUUUGUGAAGCUCUCCCAGGGUCUCUUUAAAAAUCAAGUCACAGUUUAAAGCAAGCUGUUCACAUCAGCUCUGAAUUGUUUGUUAAUACCCCAAAAACCAUGUUCAACAAACUUCAACACGUCCAAGUCCUGUGUCAUAGGCAGAAAUACUCUGUUAUGGUACACGUCCCAUUUGUGAAGUUUGGGAGGGUGUGACUGUUUCAGCAUUUCCUUGUUCAUUUCAGUAUGGAUUUUAAGAACAUCAGCCAAGAGAGAGGUUCAAGGAACGAGAAGAGAAUGUCUUGUGUCGGUGUUUCAUGAAUGUUUAAAGAUUUUCUAAUUAUGCUGGUCCUUUCCUUGUUGAAAGGAUGAAGUAAUUCCCAUAUCAGUCAACAUGAUCUGGCUUCUCUCAUUCAGGACAGGUACCUAAAAGGGUGUGUUCUUUGACUGCAUGUUCAUCUUCCAAGUGUUCAUGUAAUCAGAGGAUAUUACCAAAGGAAAACGAGUUUCUGAGUUGAGAGGGUUAUGCCUCAUUGUAACCAAAACUGUAAAAAUGUAGUUUGUUUGGGAUUUACUUUUUUGGUGGUUGUACUUUGUUUUAAUUUCUAAAAGUAAAUAAAUCUGUUGGGGUGUUUUAGCAGCCAGCAGCAAAAUGAUUCAUUUCAAGGAAAUACGGCAGCAGGUUCCAUCUGUUCAGGUGUAUUCACUGGAAUGUUUUUGUGCAGAGGUGGUAUCCAGGAAGCUUUUUUUGUUUUCUUAAUGAAAAUAAUCAGUUGAUGUGAAAUGUGAUCCUUGUUGGUUUCACUCUUAAAGCAAUUAUACUUUUUUUGAAAAAAUUCUUAAUGAAGUAUGAUGAUGAAGAGAUGUUUACCAGCCAUUAGCAGUUGUUUAUAAGGUGGAAAACUUGGAGGCAAGACACCAAAGAAAUGGAAGAAUCUUUGGCUGUCAGACCCCAUGGCCUUAUAAACCCUUGCAAAUGCCUUAUUACCUUGUUCUCAACUUAGCUAGAGCAAAACGCCUUGAGCAAAAGAAAGCCGAUGUCUUGUUGGAAGGGUCAGCCACUUUACGGCUGCCGCGCUAUGAACUGAAAUCACACGUCAAUUCAGUAGCAAUAUCCAUGUUCAGGGUGCCUGUGAUUCUUGAAAAGCAUUUAGUGUCUAAUAACCAGAAAACGCAACAAUGCAAUUGUCGUUCUGUAUAAUACCAUUCUGUGUAUUUGAUUCCUUAUGCUGCAUGCCAAUUCAAAAAAGACUUUCCAACUUUUUGUUUUAAACUGCAAAGUAAAUGUGUUUGAACCUCACACUUGUGAAGCCAUGAGGUGGGACAUUUUCUCAGCACUUUUAAGUGGGACUUGUUGGAAAGGUGGACGAUCCAAAUCGCUUUGUCUGGUAUGAUAAGAGUUCUUUUCUUAUUUUACAUUUUGCUUUUCACAGAUGGGCCUUAAAUUCUGUCUAGCUUUGAACCAUGGAGCACAAGCCUUGGAGGCAUGGAGGAUGACCAGAUGUCAUCUUCCAUUUAUAACAGUGGAAGUCUAUUUCUUACAAAUGUGCAUAGGUGACAUUCACCCUGCGGCAGAGGAAUCGGCUUUGAAGCCCUCCAGCCAUAACAGAGCCUGAUUCAAUUGCGUAGCCUGAUUGAAUUCUCCUGGAAGAGUUGCAUUAACUUCAUUAGACUUCUGAAGAGAUCCAAGCCAAAUCCAAUCCAAAUAAUGCAGAAAUGUCUCUUCCGGGGUUAAUUUCAUCCUGUACAAGGACCCUCUGCUUGCUUUAAGGGAAGAAGAAUAACUCAUUGCUGGUAGUUAUUGGCUUGAGCUCAGCUCAAGGGAGUUGGAAGCAUGCAAAGACUUGGGUUGGUGGCAAUCCGAUGAUUGAAAAGUGCAAAUAUAUCUAGGGAGGCUGUGUUAAAAUGCAGUUUGUUUGGCUUUUAAUUUCUGCAUCUCAAAGAAUCUGAAAGAAUAUUGUAUAUCAAUGUGAAGUAAACAAUUGCAUUAGAAGCUAAUGUUUCUUUUGCCAGGCACUUUAGAUGCUCAGCCUGAGAAAAGCAGAGAGGGCAGAUUUGUACCACUUGUCUCCAGCACUCUGAUGUCGCAGUUUUUGGCUGUAAACCACUAGAUACCCUGGUGUGCAAGACUUGACCAAAUCCUACCAAGUUUGAUGUUUAAAGUUAGUCUGAAGUGCAAGCUGACUUCAGAGAGGCUUCAAAAUCAAGAGUGAAAAUAAUGCACAGUGAGUGCGAGUUUUCAAGUGGGCUGUGAUGGCACAGAGAAGAUGAAAGAGGACACAGCCCAGAGAGAGACUGAUCAAAACACGCUUCCACAGUUAGUGACGUGGAGGAGGAUUUGUUCGGUGUUAGCUCUUGUAAUGGAUGUUUUCUGAGAGGGGAAGCAGGGGGAGCUGUGCACUUUACGUCUUUUGGCUGAGCCAAAUGUAAAUACCAAUGGGAGAUCUUCAGUUGGAGAGGAGAGAAAUGAUCUGCUGGGGGCCUGUUUGUUUCAAUUCUUCCCCAGAGCACUAGAUUCACUUUGCCUCUACAGUUUAAAAAAGUGGGUGACACAAGGUAGCCUCCAGUACAAAAAAGUCCUUGUACUGCCCAGAGUAUUGAAUGAAGAGUCCCAAAGGUGAAGGAAUGUUAUUGAUGCCUCACUCCUCUUGUCACUGAUGCCCUUUAGUCAUCUCUAUUUUUUUCGAGUUAGGGAGUCUUUGCUUUCCACUUCCAAAGUGCAAACAAACUGUUAGGAUGUAAGAUACUCCUUGCACUUUUCACAGCUCUCCCCGGUCUUGCGUUUUUGACUUGCUUGUAUGGAAUGAAUUAAGUGCUUGAAGAAAGUGGGGGAAGAACUGGGAGGAGGGCUCCUGCCUUAAACCUGAACUUCCCUUGCAAGCAGCUCUGCAGCCAACCCCGGACAUCAGCAGGUUCCAGGAGCCUCUGCCAAGCUGGGUUUGCUCCUGUCCCAGCUGCAGCUGCAGCGCAGGCGAGGGGGACAGCAGGUAACGUGCAGAAUGGCUUGGAGUCCUUCAGCGGGUUUACUGGGAGAGAAGAACUCUGUUCUCUCCUCCGUUUCUGGCCUCCAUGUGUUGUGCUGAUCUUAUGCCAAAUGUUUUGGACACCUUGUAUUUUUAACUGUGUAAUAUAGCUGUGUAUUGUUAAAGCAACUUAGUAACUUAUAGCAAAAACUGUAGAACUCAUUUCUCUGAGGUGUAGGAAAUGUCCUGCUUCCACUGUGUAUGAGACUUUAACUCUGUACUGUCUGACAAAGAUAAAAUGCUGAAUUUCACUUUAAUAAACGAUCUAUCUAGCAA